AACCCUAGACGCCUUUCUAUCUUCUUCUAUCAUCAAUCUCUAUUACUCGUCAAUUACUUUAUACACUGUCAUCUCAUCCUUGACUCUGAUAAUUUUUGUUAUAUCUCCAUGGAUUACUUCUUUCUGUAUUCUAUGAUCUGUUUGUUUGGCAUGAAAACGUGAAAAAAUCAAAUGAAACUGAAAUUUUUUUAUUUAUCUCUAUGACGUGAAUGAUAAUCACUUUUUUUUUUCGCAUUAUUUCAUUUGAGGUUUAAUUUCCAUUUCUGCUUUUUUUUUUUGGUGAUCAAAUUACUCUGUUCUAUUUCGAUUUGUUUGUGUGAUGGUUCGUAGAUUUAGACAUAGUUUUCGGUUGUUGAUGGAAUUGGCAUUGGUUUGAACUGUCAUCAGUUGAUUUAGUUAAUGUAUUUGUCUCUCUGUUUUUGAAUUUGGUCUUCAUUGAUCUGUUAUUGUGAUUGCUGCGUGCAUUAUCACUUUUUCUUGGAAAUAAUUAUUGUGAGUAAAUACCAUUGUUUGCUUAAUUAUUCGAUUUGCUUUGUACAUGAAAAGGAAAUAGUAUGGAAACAUCAACCUGAUUUUUUUUUUUUUGUUUAUGAUGUAUGAAUAAUUAUUGAAAAUGCAUGUCCAACAAAGUGGUGCACACUCAAACAUGUCCACAUGUAUGCAUGUGUUCCCAUGAGCGCUCACAUAUAUGUUUGUGCAUGCUUGUAAUUUGCACAUGUAUUUUGUAGAGAAUGAUUGAUGUGUUACCUACCAUUUUUAUAUGCAUAUACUUUUAAUAAAUAGACUUAUGUUUGUUCAUUUGUAUAUGUGCAUGUAAUAGACCUGAUAAUUUUUGACUGCAUAGUUUUCUAUUUGGUUUCAGCAAGAGAUGGGGGUAUAUCUCAGCUCCCCUAAAACUGAAAAGGUAUCAGAAGAUGGUGAGAAUCAUAGACUUCGAUAUGGGUUAUCCUUCAUGCAAGGGUGGCGUGCAACCAUGGAAGAUGCUCAUGCGGCUUAUCCAGAUUUGGACGGUUCCACAUCUUUCUUUGGUGUUUAUGAUGGCCAUGGAGGUCCACCAAUUUGCAGGCAAAGCAGUGGCUAAGUUCUGUGCUAAGUAUCUUCACCAGCAAGUGCUCAAGCAUGUAGCUUGUUCAGCUGGAGAUUUGGGCACUUCUGCACAGAAAGCCUUUCUCAGAAUGGAUGAGAUGAUGCGUGGACAGAGGGGGUGGGGGGAAUUAGCCAUAUUGGGUGAUAAGAGAGAUAAGGUUUCUGGUAUGAUGGAAGGGCUGAUAUCGUCACCUAGGGUUGGUGAAGCGAAUGGCCAUGUUGAUGAUUGGUCUUCUUACGAGGGACCUCAUUCUGAUUUUCAUGGACCCAAUUCCGGAAGCACAGCAUGCAUUGCAAUGAUUCAAAACACUCAACUUGUUGUUGCCAAUGCUGGUGAUUCCCGUUGCGUUAUAUCCAGGAAGGGUCAGGCAUAUAACUUAUCAAAAGAUCACAAGCCUGACCUUGAGGUUGAGAAAGAUAGGAUUCUGAAAGCUGGUGGUUUCAUACAAUUUGGACGUGUUAAUGGAAGUUUAAACUUGGCUAGGGCAAUUGGGGAUGCAGAGUUCAAGCAGAACAAAUCACUACCUCCUGAGAAGCAAAUCAUAACUGCCAAUCCAGACAUAAAUAUUGUUGAGCUCUGCGAUGAUGAUGAGUUUCUUGUCCUUGCUUGUGAUGGCAUUUGGGAUUGCAUGUCGAGCCAACAGCUAGUGGAUUAUGUGCGCGAGCAGUCAAACACUGAAAGUAAGCUUUCAGCAAUUUGUGAGAAAGUUUUCGACAGGUGUUUGGCACCUACUGUUGGUGGCGAGGGAUGUGAUAACAUGACCAUGAUCAUAGUGCAGUUCAAGAAACUGAUCAAUCCAGACACUUCUGCAGGGCAGCCGUCACUGGCUUCUUAUCAACGAUCUGAGACUAACUCAAAUGCAGUAAAGAUCGAUGAAGGUUCAAAGGAGACCAAAGAAUAAGUAACAGUAGUCCAAAUGAAAUGACCUAGUCGUAUUUUUUCUUCAAGUUGACGCUUUGAUGGGCACAAGAAUAUGGAAUUGGAACUUUACAAUUAGGAAGCCAAUUCUUGUGAUUGUAAAUGAGGUGUUUUUUUAUUUUUUAUUUAUUUUUUUUUUAUUAGUCGACGCAGUCCAAGUUUCUGUACAUUUAAUUUUGUGGUUAGAAUUUUAAGUGGCUCAUUGACGAGUCCUGGCUCAUAAAUUUCACGACUAGAGAUUUUGGAGAGACGAAGUGUAUACUAACUGCCCAUCUAGCUUUUUUUUUUUUUUUUUUUUUUUGAUACCUGAAAAAACCAUGCUUGGAGUUCACCCCUGAAUUUGAUUCAUGUUUCUGGCAUUCUAUAGCUCUUCAGAAACAAAUAUGUUCAUUUACAGCCUUGAAUGACAUUGACGAAUUUAAUCACAUUCACUCUAUGAUGCAUUAGCGUAUA